AGGAGCGCAGGCGCCGUGUCGAGUCACCUGACGUCAUCGAGAAGCGCGGUGGUUACUCAGCUGUCACUAUGGAAGCGGAGAAGUCUCGUGUACCGGAGCGGUUACAGCGGAGGGAUGAGGAGCGGCUGCGGGAGGUGGGGAAGAAGCGGCAGGAGAAGGAGGAGCAGACCGUGGUGGAGGAGAAGAGCGGCUACUUCAACGCCAGUUUCGGGCAGGAGCGGGCGGCCAUAGAGGAGGCUCUGGGUGGGGAAGGGGGGCCUGAGCUGCUGGAGGAGGCCGCCGGGCGGAUUCAGGGGCUGCAGAAGAUGCUGAAUGACAGUAUCAUGUUCCUUCCUUCCUAUGACACCCGGCAGGCCCAGGAGCAGCUCACCCGCCUGCAGAGCGCCCUGGACGCCCGCCGCCAGCAGAUCCAACCCACCAAGAAAUUCACCUUCAAGACCCGGAGGAAGGAAGGUGUGCCCACCGCCGUCGUCCAACCCAGCGCCCCGGUCCCGCCUAAGGAGGUCGCCGUCCAGCCGGCAGCUCAGUGCGGCUUCCAGGGUCUCUCCGGCCAGGUGCUGUUCUUGGGCGCCCAGGAGAUCCGCCAGCAGGACGUCCAGCUCAGCCAACUGCGGGAUUGUACCAUCACCCUGAGCGGAAACCCCUCCACCCUGCACAUGAGGGAGCUGAGCGGGUGUCGGGUGCUGAGCGGACCCGUCUCCACCUCCAUCUUCGUAGACAAUUGCCACGACUGCCUAUUCACCUUCCCCUGCCAGCAGCUGCGCACCCAUUCCACUCGGGACUGCCGCUUCUACCUGCAUGUUACCAGCCGGGCCAUCAUCGAGGACUGCUCCAAUCUUCUCUUCGCCCCCUUCACCUGGAGCUACCCGGAGAUCCUGGAAGACUACCGGCUGUCCGGGCUCGACAGGAACCGCAACAACUGGGACCAGGUGGAUGACUUCAACUGGUUGGCUAUGGGGGAAAAGUCUCCAAACUGGAGCGUGAUCCCGGAGGAGGAGAGAGUCACCCACUGGAACUGAAAUCCCAUACCGAGCUGUGUUUACUGAGGUGCCUCGGCUGAGCUUUACUUGCAUAGAAAUCGAUAAACCAUAAAGAAUUCAAUCAGAACUGAGCUGGAUACUGAGGAGGACGGCAUGGAUCUCCUGAUAGAUACCUUCAUUUACAGCUACUCUGGGGUCUUGCAGAUCUUCUGUGGACCUGUUUACCCGGCGCUAUUUUAGGACCCUGCAGAACUUUUAAUUGAUCCUUUCACCUGGAGUUACUUCAGAGACCUGAAGAUCUUCUAUAGGCUCCCUGCACCUGAAGCUACUCUAGGGUCCUGAAGAUCUUCUUCUAUAUGGGAGCUACUCCUGGGGUCCUGCAGAUCUUCUAUGGGCUCCCUGCACCUGGAGCUACUCUAGGGUCAUGAAGAUCUUCUAUAUGGGCUCCCUACACCUGGAGCUACUCCUGGGGUCCUGCAGAUCAUCUUCUAUGAGCUCCCUGCACCUGAAGCAACUUUGGAGUCCUGCAGAUCUUUUAUGGGCUGCCUCCACCAAGAGCUACUCUGGGGUCCUGCUGAUCUUUUGUGGGCCUUUUUCACCUGGAGCUACUAUAGGACUUUGCAGAACUUUUGUUGGAUCCAUUCAUCUGAAGCUACUUGCGGGACCUGCAGAUCUGCUAUUGGCUCCCUCUGCCGAGAGCCACUCUGCGGCCCCAUAGAUCUUUUGUUAGCUUUCUUCGAUUUGUAGAUACUGUGGGGUCCUAUUGAUCUUCUACUAAAAAAAAAAAAUGUAUAGGGAAGGGGUGCUUCUAAAGAUUGGUACACACUAUUUGAAUUGAAUCGCUAUGUGGGUGGACCUGUCAGACACCUUUUACCCAACAUCCCUCCACUGAAAAUAUCCAAAGAGCCAGGGAAGAAAACUGUCAGGCAAACUGCGGCUCCAAUCAGAUGCAGCCACCGUUCAGGUAUUCUGACGGGUGCUGGCUGAAGCUGUCAUAAUACAAUAGCCACAGCUGGAUAUUCCUCCAUCUACUCUGUACCUCAUGGAUGUUUUUUUUUUU